UUGGUAGUAGCAACAACUCGAUUUACCUGUGUGAACAAAAAUAUUAUAGAUAUAGAAAAAUGGAAGAUGAUAUGGAUUUUGAUUCUGCUGCUAAGCCAUCAAGGGAUGCAAAACGUGGACGUCGAGCUGCAGCCUCCAAGUCCAUGAACCCGCCUGAUGCUCCUGCAUUCGAGAGCCCAGCUGAUUCACCCCAGCCCGCAAGAUCGAAACCAGGGCGAGAUCAGGAUGAGGGUGGGCCACCUCCAAAGCCCAGCAGGAUGUCUGGAUGGGGUGAGGAAAAUCCCAGAAAGAGCCGAAAACUUGGAGAGGGAUUUGAAUUUGAUGACGAUUUACUCGAUGGAAUAGACAGCCGUCUGUUUGGCGAGCGACUGAGACCCCAUUCACCGGAUCAGGGGGAGGAGUCCGAUAAUGAUAUUCCUGUGAUCCCUGACCUUGAGGAUCAACAGGAUGAGGACAUGACCACUAAAGUAGCCAUAGCACCAAAUGUGGCAGUUAACCGGGUGGCAACGUAUCGAGAACUCGACCAUGACCUCCAAAAGCAGGCGGCCUUCCUUACUCUGGACAAUGAGAUUGACUUAAAAUUGUUGACCAAAUCACUCUCAGCGGAUGCAGAUCUUUUUGAGGAGGACAAGCCCUGGGAGUGGGACCGCCUGUUUACAGAGGUGACCUCUGAACUCUUCGUCCAGACAGAACAGACGGAGGAGAAUGAUAUAGGGGACCAAGUUCUACCCUAGACACGCCCCCCCCCUCAACCUCCCCAGGCAUCGUGGAACGUCCCAGUCCUCCUAUGUCAUUAUUCAUAGAACAAAGUCAACUUUUCCACAUGGUUUCAUUUAUUCUGUGAUGUGAUACAUAAUUUUCUAUCAAUCUGAAUAUGCUGUUUUUAAUAUUGCCAUUGCUUUUUAUUGUGAGAGAACUAGGUUCAGAACUGUAUAUUUGAAUAUUUGUUUUUGUGUUGUGUCUCAAAUCCGUCCAUAUAAAGAUUCAUAAAACAUAAAAAAAUUCUUUGUUUUUAUUUAAAUAUUUAAAACUAGUGUGAAAUGAGAAAUUUAAUGUUAAUGAAACAAGAACAUAAAGUAAAUGUUAAGGGAUUAAAAUGGAAGUAAGCACUGCUAAACAAUAGCCCCAAAUAUUUCAUUUUUUGAUGAGCUCUUUUGAUCAAAGGAUUAUUUAGCAUAACAAAUAAAACAUGGUUUAUUUUUUAUAAUCCAAAUGAAAAAUAAUUGAAUCCUGUUAAGACCUUGAAUGACAGAUAAAUUAUGCCUUGUAUACCGGUAUAUAAAAGCUGUGGACUAAGGGGGACAACUGUAGUAAUUACAACUUAACAUGCUUAUGGACAAACAUAUAUGCACAAUAUUUUGUAUCUGAUUUCCUCAUAUCACAUUUCAAACUUAUAGAGAAUGAAAUUAACCUUUUGGUUGGAAUUCAUUAUACAUGUAUAAACAUGUAAUUGUGUUUUA